CAACUAAAAUUGUAUACGGGACCCAGACCCCGCUAACAACUUCGCGCCUGUUCAAGCUAGUAUAGCACUGUAUGCUAAUUAUAUCGUCAGUGUGACAUGAGGACCAGUGGGACAAACAAGUGAGAUAAGUUGUUACAGAUCAACAUGCGUGUCCUAAUAUUAGCGCUGGCCUUGUCCUGCGCCUGCGCCACUCCUCAGUACGUGAAAACUGCAGGAAUGAAGUCAGCGUACAGCGGCCGAGGGUACCAGUACCAUGGUGGAGAGAGUCUUGUGAGUAACUACAGCAGCACCCAGAACCAUGCCUAUGGUGGCUAUGGAGGCUACGGUGGCUACACCAGGACCAACAUGACUCAACCCACCAACUAUGAGAAGGGUGUCUGCUACAUAGAAGUGCCAACAGCCAGUUUGGUCAGAGAUCCUUCUCACGUUCCUGCUGGUAAUGGAUCUCGUCCAGACCUCAGCCGCAUCAGGAGCUGCUGCGCCGGCUACAUCAGGAACAUUCACAACUACAGGAUCUGCGACCCAGUAUGCAACCAAGAGUGCGUGAACGGGCUCUGCACUGAACCCAAUACCUGCACUUGCUUCCCCGACCAUGUGAAGAACUUGGCUGGGUUCUGCGUGGCUACCUGCCCUAUUGGGUGCCAGAAUGGACAAUGUUCGGGAGGAGAGUGCAUUUGUAAGGACGGGUAUAGGCUGGAUUCGGAGAGCAAGUUCUGUGUUCCUUAUUGUCGGGAACAGUGUGGUGGUAUGGGAGGAGGAAACUGCACAGCUCCAAAUACCUGCGAAUGCAAGCCUGGCUACAGGUCUACUCCUGAAGGUUCCUGCAAGCCUGCCUGUGAUAGGUGCAAGGACGGUCAGUGCGUUGCACCUAACGACUGCCGCUGUUCCCCAGGCUACACCAAGAAUCAGUAUGGAGACUGCAUCCCACAAUGCUCAAGAGCCUGUACACCACCAAACCAGUGCAUCGCUCCGAAUGUCUGCGAUAACCCUGCAAACCCCACAACCACUACGAUACGCUCCCCUUACGCUCAACAUACUAUUAACGGCACAAUUGUACCGUAUGGUCAAAACCCUCAAAAUCCUAACUAUCCCGGUUAUCAACAACCCUACUAUCCUGGACAACAACCCCCCUAUGCUCAACACACAAUUAAUGGCUCAAUUGUACCUAAUGGUCAAAACCCUCAAAAUCCUAACUACCCUGGCAAUCAACAACCGUAUUAUCCUGGACAACAACCCUAUUACCCGGGACAACAACAGCCAUAUUACCCUGGUCAACAAAACAAUUACCCUGGCUAUCAGCAACCCAAUCAGCCGGGCCAGCAACCUAAUUACCCUGGCUACCAACAACCCAAUCAACCUGGUCAACAACCUGGCAGUCAACAGCCGAAUUAUCCCGGAUACCAAGAAAUAAAUACCCAUGUGUUCCCACCUAAUAAUUACCCAGGUUAUCAGCCCAACUAUCCCGGUUACCAAACAACUAAUCAGACUGGGAGACCAAAUGGAACACAGCCAUCUUACUACCCAGGCAGUCAAUAUAACUCAACCAGCCAACAACCAAGCUAUCCUGGUCAGAAACCAACGUAUACUCCAGACGGUCAAAUCAUUUACGUGAAUAUACCCGGCAGCCAGCCUAAUCUGAACCCAGAUAGCCAACACGUCAGCCCUAGCCCUAACACCCAAUCCCCUAACUCAAGCCAGCCACUACCCAAUCCUGGAACCAACUAUCCCACCAGUCAAUAUCACCCAGGUAGUCAACACUAUCCGGGACAACAGCCAAACUAUCCCGGUUACCAGCAACCGAGCCAGCGUCCUACCAACGCUGAGCCUUACUACCCGAACAGUCAGUACUAUCCUGGAAGUCAACCAAAUUAUCCUUAUAAUCAAAAUGGAUACCAAAACCCGAACCAGCAGUAUCCUUCGCAGCCUCAAUCUGAGUACCAGUAUAUCUAUCCAACCAAUCAGAUGUCACCAAUGGCGCUGCUGUGCUCCCAGCCGUGUGUCAAUGGCACUUGUGUCGGAAGAGAGAUGUGCGCUUGCAAUACUGGAUACGUACCCAUUGAUGGUGACACAUCUAGAUGUGAGCCCCAUUGCACGGGUUGUUCAAACGGUGUUUGUGUGUCACCCUACGUGUGCCAGUGUAACCCAGGUUAUUCCAAAGACUUCAGUGUCAAGGGACGCUCGUCCUGCGUCCGUCGCAUACGCCGAUCCGUUGAAACGCCAGCGCUCAACAUUCGUGAUCUACUAGUCUUCGAAAUACCAGAGGAAGAAAUGGUUGAUUAAUUAAUUAUUAAUACCUAUGUAGAUAAAUAAUAUAAUGUACUUUUUGACAUGUU